CUCGUGAAUGGACUAAAGUGGAGGGGUUUACGUGGUAUUAAAACAAAAAAGGUUUUUAUACAAAGACUAUUUAACCAUGCUGUGCAUGUCUGUUAAUUAAGUCUCUCAUUAACCAAUUGACUAUUAUUGGUCAAAAAUCCAGAAUUUAAUUUUGGAUCUGUGCUUUUUUGAAAACUAUGAAUCAUGAUUAAACGUUCGUGUUAUCUUUCUUUCCAUUACAUACCGCCAACGGGAAGUAGGAUCCUAAAACAGACCUUAAAAAUCUGACAAAAUAUUUGCGCUGCCUGGUAUAAUAAAUACACUAUGUGAUUAUUUGUUAAAAUGCUAAUCUCAAGACGAAGUUGCUAACCCUAAAGUUGAAUUAUUGUUUGUCAUGUCGGUGGAAGUUCUGACGAGUUCAAUACAACGAUUGAAUUGUUUUAAAUAAAUGAUCGAAUGACAAUAACACAUCUACUCGCAACGUAAAUUUGUAAAUUAAGAAUAUUAAUGAUGCAGAAGUUUUUGUUAUGGAUUUUACGAUGACUUAUCGUUAAAAGCUAAAGUUUUGAAAAUAUGAAGCUUUUUACAUAUUUACUGAUCAUUUUGCAUGAAAACAUGCUUGUUUUCAUUUGUGCUACUCUCGAUGAGAAUUAUUUGUGUUCACGAAUGCCAACAGUUUCUUCGAACAGUAAUUGUGGAAAUGUGAAUGGCACUUACACGUGUUAUGAGAGUAUUCCUGCUGAAUUGCCGAAAAACGCGUCACGAUUAGAGCUAGAUUGUAUUGAUCCGAUGUCAAUAACAAAUGAAACGUUCCGCGGUGGAGGAUGGGAAAACCUCACAUAUAUAAGGCUGUUCUGGAAAUCGCACACAACAAACAACCUACUUGGAGGGAUAUUCACUGGUUUGAAGAACCUGACGGCACUGCAUAUUAACAUACUCUCACUGAAAACAUUAGAUAAAGGAGUUUUCGACGGUUUGGAAAAUGUAACAAUUCUUAAUUUAGACGAUUGUUGGCAGCUCAAUUUUAAUGACUUCCUCGACAUUAUGUCCAAUGAAGAUGUUUUACCAAACCUUCAUUCUUUAUCUCUAAAAAAAACAUCUUCGGGAAACAAUUAUGACGUUAUACUUGGGCAACGAUUCUGGAAAAUGUUUAAACGCCCUGUGAUGUCGCUAGAUAUCAGCCAAAUGAAAGUAAACGCAUAUGAUAUAAGGAUUUUGGAAGCCGACCAAAGCUUAUGCCGAAGACUUGAACUUCUAAAUAUGUCCAGCAUAUCAAUUUCUAACCAUCAAAAUUGCUUCAAGUCCAAAACAAGAUCACUACAGAAUUUAAAGGUUCUUGACUUCUCCUCUGUUUACAUUGACGGCCACGGAAUAGAUGCUUCCUUUUUGUGUAGUCCAUUGACCCGGUCAAUAUCAAAUGUACAUGACAUGCGCAUUACCCGUGAAAAUACUGGAAGGGUGAAAUUAAUGGAUAAUAUCGACACUCUUUAUGUGGACCAACUAUGCGGUGAUGCUGAAAACCUGUCCCCAUUUAUUUUUCAACACAUAAAAAACAUGUCCUACGGUUCUACGGGAGGCUACCGUCUAAUGCCAAACCUAAAACGAGUUUACUUCAGGAAAAAUAACAUCAGAGUGUUAGAUGUGGAAGUGCAUACCGACACCCAAAGCAGUCUGGAAUUCAUAGAUUUUACAGACAACGGACUGGAAUAUAUACAUCCUGUAUUAUUCCAAAAUUUUCCCUCCUUGAAAUAUUUGAUACUUUCCAGUAAUAGGUUGGGUCAAAUGCAGUUGAAAAAUGAAUCAGACUUUGCUUUAUUGUUUAGAUCAUUACGUUACCUUGAACAUGUUGAUUUGGAUAACAACGGAAUAUAUGAUAUUUCGCCACACACAUUUGCUGGCAAUACAAGAUUAAAAACACUUAAUUUAGAGUCCAAUAUGAUAACUACUAUAAACUGUUAUUUGAAAGAUGUUCCAUCUUUAAGGCAAUUAAACCUAAGAAACAAUCUGAUUAAAAUAAUUGAAAAGUCCACAAUAGACUGCUUCACAAAUUUCCCUUUAAUAGAAGUGACAAUGGGAGGUAAUGUACUGACUUGUCAAGAAUGUUCCGACUACCAAUCUGUCCAAAGCAUUUUUCAAGAGAAAACAUUAAUCGCAGACUUUGAUGAAUUGCGUUGCGAAACAAAGGCACACACUCGCGUAAAAUUAACAAUGGAUUUGCUCACAUCGCUGAAAUCUGACUGUGAUCGUACAACAAUUAUUGGUGCGUCGGUGGCAAGCACGUUCGCAGUCGUUUUAGCACUGUUUAUCGGAAUAAUUGUUCUGCGGUACAGAAAGAAACUUCGUCGAAGAAAAGAUCGCAUGGCUAGAGUUAUAGCCAACUUAAACCGAGGCAAUGGUUUCGCGGUGUAUUUGAUAUAUAGCAGCGUUGACGAGGUUUUUGUUCGGAGUGCAGUUUACUCGCCUUUAAAUGAGAAGCUACGGCAAGUGGUGGGUAUUGAUCGGGACUUGGUGUGCAUUGGUGACGAACAGUUUCGAGUUGGUUGGAAUAUCUAUCGAGAAAUAUACAAAUGCAUGGAACGCUCUAACGUGGCGGUUGUAGUCCUUAGCGAAGGGUUCGCUAACAGUGUUUUCUGUGAUCAGGAGAUGGAUAUUGCAAUGCAGCUUAAAAAGCCAGUAAUAUUGCUGUUGAAGGGAGAUGUUGACAUAAACCAAUACUCAGAACAUAUUCAGAUAUUGUAUAGAACAAAUGUGCGUAUUUUAUUUGGAUACGAAGAUAAUGAACUGGUCCUCAAAACAACAUGGGAUAAAGUGUGCGAAUCUUUCCUGCAAAUGGGAUGAAAAAAUAGAUUCCCAAUUAUUGUGAAUUGAACAAAACAUACAUGUCAUGGUUACAGUUGCGUAUCCCGGUCCUAUUUGCAACAUUUAUAGGCCCUUGUUAGCAAACACAAAUCUUAAAUACUGUUUUAUACAAAUAUUAAAGUUAUGUAUGCUGUAGAAUGGUGAGUUAUAGCAUUAUUUCUGAGAACAUACAUCAAGAUUUUAAAAUAUUCCUUCUAAUAAAUGUAAAUGAAAGACAUAUUUUUUCAGAAUAAUUUAAAGACCACUUUUAAAGAGAAGAAAUAUGUGGUAUUUGUUACGUUUAGAAUAUACAAAAAGUAAUAUUAAGAAAAGCAUGUCGUGGUUAUACGGCAAAGAAUAUGCUCUAUAUUUACCAAAAUAUUUCAUAUGUUUGUUUGAUGAGUGAUAUUCUUGCCUCUAAUUUUAGCAAUUGUGUUACAUGUAAGUGCCUCAUAUGUUGUCGAAAUAAUGGGGUUGUGCUUUCAUAUCUACAUUUAAAUAUAAAGAUUUUAGCUAAAAUAAUUAUAAAAAUAAUGUCGGUAUUAUGACGCACGUGUGUUUAUUUUAUAUUACAAAUAACAAGUAUGUAAAUAGAUAGUUGUGUAUUAUUGUUCACACCAAAUUUGUUUUGAAUCAUGAUUGUAGCUUGCCCUCAGAAGUGUUGGGCGUUUUUGCAUUACCAAAACACGAAUUUUGUGGAAUCGGUAAUUGCUGAACAGAUUUGGAAGGACAUUUCCGCCAGCCAAUUCAUAUUCUUAAAUGACAAUUUAUAUUGCUUAUUACAACUAAAUGCUGACAAAUUUCUAUUGCAUUUCGGUAUAUGACACUUGCUUUUUGCAUUUUGCUAUUUGUUGCCAACAUGCUGCAAUUUUCUUGCGACUUUGUACUUCUCUGCAUCAUUUUGUUUCAUACACUAGAAACAUCAUUGUAUCUGUAGUUUGUUUACCAUGGUGAAUCAAAUAUUCUCUUGCGAAUACAUGAAAAUGCACCAUUUUAAUGUACUAUUUUUAUUCGAGGUUUGGUUAGAAACCAUCUUGUAUACUCAACAUCAUUGUGCGUUCGAUCUUUGGUGCUAGUAAAUUGCUAACACCAAAGUGCAUGACAACUAUAAAUCGUUUUUCUCUAUCAGUAAUUUCCCAUCUAGUACGUUCUGUAAUAACACUAGAUAAUUAAGAAAUACUUCAAAAUGUAUUUACUUUUCUAUGUUACAGAGAAAAGCUACCUAGACACUAUGUUGCUCCUUGAUACCACUAACGAUGUAAACCGAUUUGCUGUUUAUGUAUUACUGUAUGUAUGCAUGUAUGUGAUAUUGUUUUUGUUAAGUAUUUCAUUUGUAUGAUCGUCUUUAUGUAUAUUUGUGUAUUAUGCAGCCUAAAUGCGUGUAUUUGCUGAUUCCACUAAUAAACUGAAACUUGUAUA